AUGGACUCAAGCACACCUGUUGUUGUCUUUAGUGUGAUUGCCACCAGGUGUGUUGUGAAGCCGGCAGAGUUUGACGUGGCCAGGAACGUUCUAGAUCUGAUCAACGCUCAGACCCUGGCCUGGAUAGGGGUGUACUUCUCUCCUCUCCUCCCUGUCGUUCAGCUCAUCAAACUCUUCCUAAUCUUCCACCUAAAGAAGACCAGUAUAAGGAGCUGCCAUCCUCCCAGCUCCUGGAGUAGGGUGGGUCAGAUGCAGACCCUCUUCAUCUCCCUCCUCUUCCUCCCCUGUUACCUGGGGACUCUGGCCCUGCUGGCAUACACACUCUGGAGUCUCCCUCCCUCUAGUGUGUGUGGUCCGUUCCAGGGCCAGGACUGGGUGAUGCAGACUGUAGAUCAGUGGCUAGCCUCCCUUCAGGCCUCUCAACCCCACUCUGCCUGGCUGGCUUGGAUCAUCAACGUUAUACUACACAGUCAAGUCUUCUACUGCCUCCUAACACUCAUAGUACUGGUGGUGAUGUACUUCCUGUGGCAGGUGACUCAGGGUCGUAAACGUCUCAUCGUGUCUCUACGGGAACAGAUCGUCAACGAGGGGAAGGACAAGGCCUUUCUCCUCAGGAGGUUACAGUGUCUACAGAGACAGGGAGCAGGCAGACCUAGACCACAGGUGCACUUCGAGGAGGAGAGACCGACCAGGCCAGAGUCAGGGCAGCUUAGAGAAGAAGCACGCCCUCCUCCCUCCUUCCAACACCCAUCCCACCCCAUGGAGGCCCCCUCCGUGUUCACUCGGCCUCCCUGGGACAGCUCCCCCAGGCUAGGUAGAGCCCAGCCCCCCAGCCCCCGUGGUGGAGCCAGCCCCAGAGGCAGCCCUGGUCGCCGCCGGAUCCCAGCCAGCAGGCAGGCGUGCUGGGUAGAGGAGGAGCGACCAGCCCCUCCCCUUCCAGAUCCACUGUGGCCAGUCAGGGGUAGAGGAUGGCUUCAGGGAAGGCCCCACGGGGGGCCCAGAUUGGAGCCGCUGCCUGCCCGCGAGGUACCCGUCCUGCCUGGGUCGGUGCCUGAGAGCGCCCCCCCUCCCCCACGGAGACCAGGGUCCAGCAGAGCAGAGGUGAACCAGGGACAACAUCAGUCCUAGCUAGACUCAGAGAGAGGAUAGGAGCCCACAUCAACUGUCGGGCUCAGACAUGGCCUGCUUCCAAAAUGCCACCCUAUUCCUUAGGACUCAGGUCAAAUGUAGUGCACUAUGUAGGGAAUAGGGUGCCAUAGAGCUCUGGUCUAAAGUAGUGCACUAUGUAGGGAAUAGGGUGCCAUAGAG